GCCCAUUGUGCCAGGGGCUUCCGCUUUUCUGUGUUCAGGCAAGGCUACACUCAAUUCCUGCCCAUCUUUCUGGGCUUGCUAUGACAUUCAGAGAGCAGCCACUGCGGAGGAUUUUUCUUCUAGUUGUAAGCCAGGAAAGUCAUCUUAAAAACAAGGUUAAUAAUUUGCCUUUGUUGACAAAGCCAAAGAAACGAAGCUCUGAAGUGAGAACCAUCAACUUGCGGUCCAUUAUUUGAGGAGCUGUUUUGCUCUGAGUAACUGUGUUUGCCUGGUGGUGUUCCUCUCUGGUCAAACCAUCUGAAUUAAAUCUGCACCAGACGGACUUUGGGAACCCCAUCUUGACAUCUUUCCUUUGACCCUGGUGACAUUGCAGAGGACACAACCUCUACUGCUCUCCCUUCAGACAAACUGUUGGGUCGCCACCAAAGGAAUAUGUGCUAGAGGCUGAACAUCUGCUAUAAACAACUGCUCAAUUUUGAGUGUGGAAGAUGAGCAAUGAGGAUGAGUUUUACGAUGCCGUCACAGGCCUGGAUUCAGAUGAGUCAUGUGAAGGCUUGUCUGAGGCCAGUUUCAAAGAUGCCAGAGGGUUUGGUUGCAGCAUUCAGAAGAAUAAUGGAUCAGUACCACAAGAGAACGGCAUCAAGAAACACAGGACAUCUUUACCAGCAUCCAUGUUUACCAGAAACACAGUCAGCAUCUGGAGCAUCCUAAAGAAAUGUAUUGGACUGGAACUGUCCAAGAUCACGAUGCCCAUUAGCUUCAACGAGCCUCUGAGCUUCCUGCAGAGGAUCUCAGAAUACAUGGAACACACUUACCUCAUCAACAGAGCCUGCUCGCUGUCUGACUCCAUAGAGCGUAUGCAGGCAGUAGCUGCUUUUGCUGUUUCAGCGGUUGCAUCUCAGUGGGACAGAACUGGAAAACCUUUCAACCCACUGCUGGGAGAGACCUUUGAACUCAUCAGAGAGGAUCAGGGUUUCCGGCUGGUGUCAGAGCAGGUGUCCCAUCAUCCUCCAGUCAGUGCCUUCCACGCUGAGAGCCUCUCCGGGGACUUCGUCUUCCACGGCUCCAUCUAUCCCAAACUCAAGUUCUGGGGCAAAAGCGUCGAGGCAGAACCCAGAGGAACAAUCACACUAGAACUUCUCAAGCACAAUGAAGUGUACACAUGGAGUAACCCUUACUGCUGCGUGCAUAACAUCAUCCUGGGCAAGCUGUGGAUAGAGCAGUAUGGCACAGUGGAAAUAGUCAACCACAGCACCAGGGAGAAGUGUGUGCUGAAUUUUAAGCCGUGUGGGAUGUUUGGCAAAGAGCUGCACAAAGUAGAGGGAUACAUCCAAGACAAGAGUAAAAAGAAGCUGUGUGUCAUCUAUGGUAAGUGGACCGAGUGCAUGUGGAGCGUCGACCCGCAGGCCUACGAGACCUACAAGAAGUCCGACAAGAAAGGCGACAAGACCAAAAAGAAUGAGGAGCUUCAAAAAGCUGAGAAUGAUGAAGCAGAUGACAUGCCCGAAGUCCAAGAAACAGUGUCUGUUAUACCAGGCAGCACUCUGUUGUGGAGGAUAGAGUCCAGGCCGGCACACUCUGCUACGAUGUACAACUUCACAAACUUUGCAGUGGCUCUCAAUGAGCUGGAGCCUGGCAUGGAAGCCGUUUUGGCCCCCACCGACUCCCGCUUCAGGCCCGACAUCAGAGCUAUGGAGAAUGGUAACAUAGACGAGGCGAGUAAAGAGAAGGAGAGACUGGAAGAGAAACAGAGAGCUGCCAGGAAAGAAAGAGCCAAGCAGGAGGAGGAGUGGACAACUAGGUGGUUCCAAAUGGGCACCAACCCGUUCAGCGGCUCCCAGGAGUGGAUCUACAGUGGCGGCUACUUCAACAGGAACUACCAGAACCUGCCGGAUAUAUACUGAUAGCCUGCUAGCAUUCAUCUUUCUUCCCCUCCUCUUCCUAGUCUUUAACCUGCAGUUUUUUUGUUUCUUUUUUUGGCCUGUCAUGAUGCAAAGAUAAUUGAUAAAAAUUUAUACAAUCACCUUUGAUCCCAUCUUCAACUCCCUGCCCUCAUGCUAGGUGGUUGAUGCACUUUAAAAGUUGAAAAAGAAGCCAAAAGCCUGCCGUAAAUGAGACUUUUAUCACUCUUACUUCAACAUCUCGAAGGGAAUUAACAACCAACAGAUGUCUCUUCUCUGCCCAGCACUAUACAGAGCACAAUAAUCACUUAUUUCCAGGGCAAUCCCAGUAGCAGAGAGCUGGAAACGUACUGAUCCACAGAGUCACACGUACAGCCUGAAUGUUUAACAUCUUUGCAAUUUUUUCUUUCAGCUGCCGCACGUCUCGGCAGUUGCUUGUGACUUAUACAUACAUAGAUAAAUAUAUAUAUAUAUAAGUGGAAACAUUAACUUGGACGUUGCAAACCUCAUGAUGGAUUUGUGGAUUCAAACGGACACCCAGUCAACAAGGAAAUCAGGGAUGUGAAUGUUCCUUUGACUGAAGAUGGAUCUUCACCCUUUUGGAAACUCUAAAGGACUCAAAACAUCUACAAAUAAAUGUAGAGGACAUUAUGCUCUGUAAGGAACAAAUGAAUACAUCUACUGUUGGUUUGAUCAGUUACAUCAAGUAAUAUUUGCAUCUCAUAUCCCUGAAACACUUAGUUUUUUCCAUUUACUCACCCAAUAAUACAGAAGUGGCUUUAAAGUAAUCCAAAGCAUUCAGCUGUGGUUUCUUUGCAUAAAGUGAUUUUACUAACCAGGAGAACAUGUUUGCAGGCUUGCUUUUGCAGGUCUUUAAAAAAAAAAGUGGUUCAGAUGCUCGGUUUAUACAGAUUAAACUGAAACAUAAGCGAUUGGGGUUUUGGAAAAUGAUAUCUAACAAUAAUUUUAAACCUGCAAGUUAUUGGUGUUGUGUAUAUAGACUCACUCCUGUGCUCACACCACAAUGCCGAUGAAAUCAUAGUCUAAAAAAGAUUUAAAUCUCUAUAUCCACAUUCAGUCCUUUUUUAUAAGGUUUUGACAUCAAAUGUACAUAUUUAAAACUUCAAACCCCAUCAGUUCUUGUUGGGCUGACAACAGGAAGACAUUACUUUAAGUGGAAAUCAGCACAUACACAUUAGUCAUGUGAGUGUGUGUAAAUAUUUAGAAACACUCUAAAUCAUUCAGAAAGAUCACAGGAGUUAAUUUGCUGUGAAGGAAGGGAGAACAAGGUUAUAUGUUUGACAGAAAUGAUCUCUUAACAUGCAGCUGCUUGGAUCAGUUGGCUCAGGUGGUCUCUGAAGCUCACCUAUGAAAACGCUCCUCAAAAAACAUGGCGAUAACCACCACUGAUACCACAGAAGUUUAGAUCAGUAAAACAAAAAAGGUACAAAGCAGGCAACCAAACAGUAAAAUGUCUUCUUAUCAGUCUGUGUGGUGCUACAGGUGUACUCAUCCGUCCGUGCCCUGGGGUAGGUUAUCUCAUCCAAAAUUGAAUACGCUGAGAAUAAACACACCUGUGAAGUGGAUGAAGGCACAGGCUGAUUAAAAGCUCCACCACUGGUUGGGUUUAAUAAAUGGUCAGACACGUGCUGCGGGUUUAAAACACUGUAAACGGGGGUUACUCUAUGACUUUGUGCUUAUCUUGCCUGCUUUGAGUCCUAAUAUUACCACCAGAAGCAGGAGACAAACUAAUGCAGCAUAAAAUCAUUCAUUUUCAUUCAAGCUUCACACGCCAUACAGUUUCACACACUUCUGUGGAUGACGUGC